GGGAGGAGGUUGUCUCCAAUUUCUCCUCCCCCGCUCCCCCCGCGUCCCAGCCAAGAUGUCUGACAUGGAGGAUGAUUUCAUGUGCGAUGAUGAGGAGGACUACGACCUGGAAUACUCUGAAGAUAGUAACUCUGAGCCGAAUGUGGAUUUGGAAAAUCAGUACUAUAAUUCCAAAGCAUUAAAAGAAGAUGACCCAAAAGCAGCAUUAAGCAGUUUCCAAAAGGUUUUGGAACUUGAAGGUGAAAAAGGAGAAUGGGGAUUUAAAGCACUGAAACAAAUGAUUAAGAUUAACUUCAAGUUGACAAACUUUCCAGAAAUGAUGAACAGAUAUAAACAACUAUUGACCUAUAUUCGGAGUGCGGUCACAAGAAAUUAUUCUGAAAAAUCCAUUAAUUCUAUUCUUGAUUAUAUCUCCACUUCUAAGCAGAAUUCUGAUUUUUUAUGUCAGAUGGAUUUACUGCAGGAAUUCUAUGAAACAACACUGGAAGCUUUGAAAGAUGCUAAGAAUGACAGACUGUGGUUUAAGACAAAUACAAAGCUGGGGAAAUUAUAUUUAGAACGAGAGGAAUAUGGAAAGCUUCAAAAAAUUUUACGCCAGUUACAUCAGUCCUGCCAGACUGAUGAUGGAGAAGAUGACCUGAAAAAAGGCACACAGUUAUUAGAAAUAUAUGCUUUGGAAAUUCAGAUGUACACAGCACAGAAAAAUAACAAAAAACUUAAAGCACUCUAUGAACAGUCACUUCACAUCAAGUCUGCCAUCCCUCAUCCCCUGAUCAUGGGAGUCAUCAGAGAAUGUGGUGGUAAAAUGCACUUGAGAGAAGGUGAAUUUGAAAAGGCACACACUGAUUUUUUUGAAGCCUUCAAGAAUUAUGAUGAAUCGGGAAGUCCAAGACGAACCACUUGCUUAAAAUAUUUGGUCUUAGCAAAUAUGCUAAUGAAAUCGGGAAUAAAUCCAUUUGACUCACAGGAGGCCAAACCUUACAAAAAUGAUCCAGAAAUUCUAGCAAUGACGAAUUUAGUAAGUGCCUAUCAGAAUAAUGACAUCACUGAAUUUGAAAAGAUUCUAAAAACAAAUCACAGCAACAUCAUGGAUGAUCCUUUCAUAAGAGAACACAUUGAAGAGCUUUUGCGAAACAUCAGAACACAAGUGCUUAUAAAAUUAAUUAAGCCUUACACAAGAAUACAUAUUCCUUUUAUUUCUAAGGAGUUAAACAUAGAUGUAGCUGAUGUGGAGAGCUUGCUGGUGCAGUGCAUAUUGGAUAACACUAUUCAUGGCCGAAUUGAUCAAGUCAACCAACUCCUUGAAUUGGAUCAUCAGAAGAGGGGUGGUGCCCGAUAUACUGCACUAGAUAAAUGGACCAACCAACUAAAUUCUCUCAACCAGGCUGUAGUCAGUAAACUGGCUUAACAGAGAACAAGCUUUUACAGACAUACUUAAGUGCAGAGAUGUAACCCUUAAAAGAACUGGGAAUGGCAAAACUACUGUCGGUUGAUGUGUCCCGAAAAUUAUUGGAGUUAUGGCAGAAGUGCUUUUUUUGAUCAACUGGUUUGUGUUUUGCUGCUGCAUUUAUCCCAAGAAAAACAGCUUUAAUCUCCAGAAGAAAACCAAAAUGCCGUGGGAUUUAUGCUGUAUUGACAUCUUGCCCUAAAACAUACAACAUCAUAGUAAUUUGUCAUGGGCAACAUGACCAGAGAGAAGAUUUUUGUCAUGAUUUUAAAUACACUGACACGCUACUGUUGGUUAAAUUUAAACAUGUUUUACCUGCAGAAAUUCUCUCACAAAUAACCUGCAAUAACUUGAAAUGCAUACCCUUUUGAACACUUCCUUUUCUCAUGUAUAAAUUAAAAUGUUUGCUGCAUUUUGCAAAAUGUCAGUUCUCCAAAAAUGUGUCCGUAUAUUUCUGUACCUGCAGUGUAGUAAAGGUUUAGAUGAAACCCCAUAAUUAUAGUGGCAUACUGUCACUUAGGUUUCAAGCAGCAAAAUAAACAGUGCAGCUCAGAAAUUGUA